AUGGGCCGUCAAGAAAAGGAUUACACUCCUGUAUACUCAGACGAAAGGUCGGCAUCCAGUUUGGAUGAUGUCGAAGUCCAGCUCGCCUCAGCCCAGCCACCGCAGUCUUCCAAGUGGCGCAGGCUUGGUGCCUGGAGUCUCCAUGCUGCGUUGAUCACAGUCUACUCAGCAGUCUUCCUUAUUUCGAUGGUUCGAAGCAGAACGGGCUCUGGGGUAUUCAGCUUGGUUGAUUCACCUCCGAAUGGCAUCGGAGACGAAAUUCAUCUUGAAAUAUUUCCCAUACAAGGCCCCCCUCACGGUAAAUACACGGGGGAGCCGAGACCAGAAGUUGAUCAAGCAUGGCGAGAUCUGUUGCAGUACAACAACAUCAGAGUUUCCGACGAGUGGGUUCAUCGUUGGGGCCGAGAGCAUGAGGCAGUGAAGCUUCCGGACGGCGGGUAUCUCGGCAUGCUCAGCGUCUUCCACGAGCUUCAUUGCAUUAAACGCCUCUACCAGACCUUGUCACCAGAGUACUACUACCCUAAUGCAACCAAGGAGGAAGUCGCCAUCAACAGAGAACACAACCAGCACUGCCUCGAGGUCCUCAGAAUGGGAGCAUCAUGCCGCGGCGAUGUGUCCAUCAUCACGCAUAUGUGGACCGACAAAGACGCCCAGCCGAUCGUCAACCAGACCGCGCCGCAUCAGUGUGUCGACUUCGAAAGAGUGAUGGAGUACUCACGAGACAACACCGUGGACGUUUACCAAGACAACUAUAUUGUACACCCCAAGUUUGGGCCGUCAUUCCCACACGGACAUAGCAUCAAGCCCUUCAAGGAGCAGGAGAUGAAGCAGCAGAUGGGACAUCAUCACCAGUGA